GAUGCUCGGCGGUUAAGCAAUAUAUCGCCAUGUCGCCUUUACCCCGUUUUCGCUACAUAUCUCCUCUGAGAAACAAUUUCAGGAAAGCAAUUACACAGAAUGAAAAUAGAAGAUGCUCGGCGGUUAAGCAACCCUAGUGAUCGCUGUGCGUUCCAGGCCAAAGAACUUUUACGAUGGGUGUUCAAUAAUUUCGCAGUCUUUCAUUGAUUGUCUCACACAUAUUUUACCAGAUGGCAUUGUCUCCUCAUGUAGAAGUAGAAGCUGCCAAAUUUCUUCAGAAGUUGAUACAGGAAUCAACAGAUGAACCUGCCAAAUUGGCAACCAAACUUUUUGUAAUAUGCCACCACAUGAAACUGAGUGGAAAAGAGCAUUCCUUACCUUAUCAAGUAAUAUCCAGGGCUAUGGAGACAGUUCUUGCUCAGCAUGGCCUUGAUCGAAAUGCUCUCAGAUCAUCAAGUCUUGCAUUUGCCAGUGGCUCCCUUUCUGCAGAUGUGAAUUCACAAUCUACAAAGCCUGGGAAUGAAAGCAGAAUGUCAUCGGAUACUGGCAGUGGUGAAUUGCAAAAGGCAAAAGGCAAAGACAUUCAAGAAACUUCAACUCAAGUUGACACAGAUAAUGUGCCCAUACAAAGCAGAAUGGUAACUGGGAAAGCCAAAGAGGCAAUGUCUUCUACUCUCAAGACUGGGCCAUCCACCAGUGUUGUAGGCUCUGCAAGUUGCCAAAUGCUUUCCUCUGAGCAUGGACAAAAGGAUGCAAAGAAGGAUCCUGUCACAGAUCAUAACAGAAGCUCAAACGUCUUGCAAGCAGAUGCUUCUGGUUUUGAAUAUUCUUCUUUACAGAAUUCCAAACUUUUGGAAGCUGAGAAUUCAGCUGCGCAAACUCUUGAGUGUGGUAAGAAAUUAGAUUUGCAGAGGAACGAUUCGAUUAUUUCUGAUGUCCAGGAGAGUGGAAAAUGUUUGGAGGGUUCUAGUAAGAAAGCACCUGCAAAGAGAAAAAGGGCAGCUCCUGGAACCAGUUUGAAGGAUGACCGACCUCGGACAAGACAGCAACAAAAACAAAUGUCUUUUGAGUUUACUGAGGGCAAACAAGAGGCAGUCACAAGAGAUUGCAUCUCAGAUGAAGAAGAAAGGAAGGGUGGUAAAUUUUUUCAACCGCCCUGUUCGUUGUCACAUAAUGAUCAACCACAACUUUCAUCAACAUUUUCUAGAAUUGCUCAGACCCAAGGAUUACCUUCACAAGUGAUAUGUGCAGUUGACAAUAACUUUAGUGACGGAAAUGGUUCUGUUUUAAUGAAGGCAGAUGGGGGGAGCAGUCAAGUUUCACAACUUACAAGUGUAGAUUUUAAUGGGCAUGUUGGAAGGGAUGUAAAGCAGAUGUUUAAGCCAAAAGAACUAUCCAGUGAACCUGACACUUCAAACCAUCUGAUGCCAGGGAAUAAAGAAAUGCCCAUAGAAGAUUUAAAAUUUGAUGGAACUGUUACUGAGUCUGGUGACCAAACUUGUAACGAGCCAUUCAAACCUCCUACAGAGCAGCAGACUGACUUGAGUUGUAUACCUGAACAUUUACAGGCAACAGAUCCUUCAGGGGCACAAGCAAAGGAAAAAAAUUCUUCUGGAGGGUCAUCACUGGUUAAUUUUGGAUGUAAUAUGUCAUGUCAAAAGAUGAUAGAAAUAGAAACCAGUUUGCAGGUUGAGAAUCCUCAGAUGAUACAGCAAAGAAAAAAAUUGUCAUCUGGGAUCAACGAUAAUCAACAAGAGGUGCUUACAAAAGAUUGCAAAUCAGCUGACGAAGAAACAAAAGAUAGUAAGUCUUUUCAACUACCCUGUCUAUCAUCACAGAAUGAUCAAACACAAAUUUCAUCAACAUUUUCUGAAGUUUCUCAUACUCAAGGAUUGCCUCCGCAUGUGACAUGUGCAGUUGAUAUGAACUUUGUUCAUGGAAAGGCAUCCAUCUUAACCAAUGUGGGUAGCGGGAGCAGCCAAAGUUUGCAAAGUAUUUCUUCAAACCAUCUGAAACUGGGAAAUAAGGAAAUUCCCAUGGCAGAUUCAAAAUUUAAUGAAGCUAUAGAUCAAUCUAGUGAAAAAUCUUCUCAUAAUGAGCCACUCAAAGCUCCUGCUGAGCAGCAGAUUGACUUCAGCUGCAUGCCUGAGAAUUUACAGGCAGAGAAUCCUUUGGGGGUGCAAACAAAGAUAGAAAUUACUGCUGGAGGUCCAUCAUUGGCUAGUUUUGGAUGUAAUGUGCCAUGCCAAAAUGUUCCUAGAAUAGAUACAAUGCCACAAAAUGGAAUGCAAGGGCUGCAGGAUAGCUCGCAUGGGCUUCAAAGUUCACAGACACACAAGGAAACUACAGAAAAAAGUUUGGUAGGAGAUCCAUUGUUGACUAGUUCCAAGGAAAAACAAGAUUCUUCUGUUCAUGGGCACAAGCGGCCAUUACAAGAUUCUUCUCAGUCUGCACAGCUUGUUUACAAUACUGGGAUACGGAAUCAGAUCAAAGUGGACAUGGCCUCUCAGAUGUCUUCAGUCACUGAUAUUCCAUCAGGCCCUAGUGUAGUACAUUCAGCGAUUGAUUCUAUUCCCCAAGAACACUGGACAUCACAUGAAAGAGUUGAUCAAGUGUCUGUCUCAUCAGGAAAAGGAGUGGGUUCUGAUAAUGCACGACUUUCACCAGAUUCUUCAGGGAAGCAAGUUGCAAUGCUGCCAAAGCAACAGGCUGAGGAAGCUAGUAAUGAUCAAGUUAAUAUCAAAGAGCAUCAGUACACUGUGGCGCACAACAGUGGGGCUAUGAAGGAAGAAAUAGCACCAAAUCAUGGUGAAGUGGAAUCUUCUUUAGGGGUACCACAUGUUGGUUUAUGUGAGUCAAACCAGUCACUGAAUUUUUUGGGUCCUGACGACCAGAGUGUCCAUGUCAAAUUGAAUAAUGCAAUCCAUGGUGUGUCUAAUUCUUCUGCACUGUUACAAACGAGUCAGCAUGUUCACCAGCCUCCUGGAACAGAGAACAGUAAUUCAACUUCAACUGCAUGCCAGGCAAGACUGACUUCUUCUUAUAAAGUUUCCCCCAGCGAACAAUUUCAACAGAAAAGUAGUCCUCCAAGCAGGGUUGUUUCAGGUGUCAAUUCGCUCUCAAGUGAAUUUAGUUGCAACAAGUCUUUAACUUAUUCCAAAGGUAUGACUGACAAUGAAGCAGCCAAAUUGGAACAUGUGAAAGCACCCAUGCCAGCAACUGACAGAACACUAGAUAAACAUUUAAGUUCAUCCGUUUCUAUGGUCACCCAGAAAAGAAAUGAUGCUGACAUAAGGGUCUCAUCUCCAUUAAUGAAUCAGUGCAGAGUUCCACAGGAAAUUAACAAGCGUACAUCAUCAUUGCAUCAGAUAGGAGCUGCUUCUGCUCAGGAUGGUGUAAUGUUGGAUGCAGAACAAAGAAUGCAAAGAAAUGAAAAGAAUGUCAAUGAUGAGAGAGAAAAUGUUUCGACUGUCAAGUCUAUAUCGACAGGGUUUGUAAAAGAAGUCAAAAAUGAAUCAAGUGUUGCCAUAGAAACUGUGAAGUCUGAUCACUCGUCUUUACAGAAUAAUAUGAAGUAUGGCACUGCAGUUCGAGGGCCUUUUUUCCCUAACUCACCAUUUAAGGAUUAUCAAUUGAAACAACUCAGAGCUCAGUGUCUUGUCUUCCUAGCAUUCAGAAAUAAAAUUCCUCCGAAAACAGCACAUUUGGAAAUUGCGUUGGAUAUCAAUCAGACCAAAAUCAAAGUAGGAACUUCUGAAACCGAAAUUGGAAAAAAAGAAAAGCAUUGGUCAGAUAAGGAAGACUUGUCUGAGGGAAAGGCAGGUGAAGGGCCAUCUAAUGCAGUCCAGGAAAGGAACAUGAUUGAAAGCAAUGACAAUGAAACUGAAAAGUCCCUUACUCCAAAGCUUACCCCAUCAGCUUCAUGCAGUGGAAGUCCAGUGGAAGCAGAAUCUUCUUCAAAAGAAUUGGAAACUACACAGAAAGGGAGACGCAGAAAAUAUCCACGUAUUGAUCCAAAGUUAACAAAAGAAGAGAGGAAACAAAUUAUGGCUGCACGAAGGAAAGCUGAAGCUGUAGAACAAGCACAGGAAAGAGCAAAGUCAAGAAGAAAGCAGUGCAACUCUUCUCAGCUGGAUUCACAAUCUCAGACAAAUUUUGCAGAACCUGAAUCACAAGCUCAAGCAAAGGUUGCAGGACCUGAAUCUCAAGCUCAAGCAAAGGUUGCAGGACCUGAUGCACAAACUCAAGCUAAGGUUGCAGGACUCGAUGUUCAACCUCAAAUAACAAAGCUUGGAGGACCUGAUGCACAGGAUCAAACAACAAAGGUUGCAGAACUUAAUGUACAACCUCAAAUAAAGGUUGCAGAACUUAAUGUACAACCUCAAACAAAGCUUGCUGGACAGGAUGCACAGCCUCAAGCAAAGGUUGGUGGACUGGAUGUGCAACCUCAAUCAACGGUUAGUGGACUGGAUACACAACCUCAAGCAAAGCUUGGUAGACCAGAUACACAACCUCAAGAAAAGGUUUCUGGACUGGAUGUGCAACCCCAAGCAAAAGUCACUGGACCAGAUGCACAACCUCAAGCAAAGGUCGCAUCACUGGAGACACAAUCUCAACCAACAGUUGCAGGACAAGAGACACAAUCUCAAACAAAUGUUGAAAGUGUUUCCUUGGCGAAACAUCAGGAAGAUUCUGCAAAGUUAAUAAGUAGCAAUCUGAGGGCAGCAAAUGAAAACAACAUGGUUACCUCAGUUUUAAGCACAGGAAAGCAGCUUGAGAGGGAAGCUUCUGGUGUGCUUGAAGCUGGAGUAUUGCAUGUAAGUGCCAAAGAUAAGCAAACCAUUCCUGAUGGUAAACAAACACUUGAUAACAAGAAAACUGAAGAUCCAAUAAUGGAUUCUCAGAACAAAGAUGGAAAGAAGCCAGCAAAUGCCACUCAUUUAGUCAGUACACCCAAUCUGGCAGCAGGAUCACAUGUGGAUGGGCCUGUGUCUUCCUCGGGAAGGAUGAUUAGGAUGCCAAAUGGGGAAUUUAUUUCCUUGGAAAGGUUUAUUCAGAUAGCCAAGUCUAUGAAGUUGCCUAUAAUGCACCGAGACAGUGGAGUUUUAACAAAAUCAACGAUGGGUGAAAGCACCACCAUUGGUUCAGAAUCUGUUAGUGCAAAAAGCAUGAAUGAAUCAUAUCCUCAGUUUGCAGGUUCAUUCCCUCAACAUGCAAACAAGCAGGCUAGUUUUGAUGGCCAGAGGAAAACAAGUUCUUCAGUUGCUAUUAACAAUGGAGCUUUCUCUGGUAACUCUAGAUUUCAAAAUGGGAAUCAAAACAUGACUCUUGAUCAAGAAGAAAGAGACAAUUCACCAGAGGAUUCCCAUGCUUUUCUGUCCAAGCCAAACUACACUACUGUAGAGAAGUGGAUUCUUGACCAGCGGAAGAGGAAACAACUUGAAGAACAUAAUUGGGCGCAGAAACAAAGAAAGACAGAAGCGAAGAUUGCAGUUUGCUUUCAUCAUUUAAAGGAGGUUGUCAGCUCUUCAGAGGAUAUUUCUGCUAAAACCAAGAGUGUCAUUGAACUUAAAAAGCUUCAACUGCUUCAAUUGCAGCGGAGAUUGCGCGGGGACUUCUUACAUGAUUUUUUCAAGCCCAUUACAUCUGACAUUGAGAUCUCAAAAACAAUGAAGAAGAAUAGGCCUGGAAGACGCAUGAAGCAGUUAGAAAGACUUGAACUGAAAAUGAAAGAAGAACGCCAAAGGCGAAUUCGUGAAAGGCAGAAAGAAUUCUUCAGUGACAUAGAAGCUCACAAGGAAAAAAUGGAGGACUGGUUUAAAGUUAAGAGAGAACGUUACAGAGGUUUCAAUCGGUAUGUCAAGGAAUUUCAUAAAAGGAAAGACAGAACAUAUCGUGAAAAGGUUGAAAGGAUUCAACGGGAGAAGAUUAACCUGUUAAAGAAUAAUGAUGUGGAAGGCUAUCUUCGGAUGGUUCAGGAUGCCAAAUCUGACCGUGUAAAGCAGCUUUUGAAAGAGACCGAAAAAUACAUUCAUAAACUUGGGCAGAAACUGCAAAAUCAGAAAGUUAUGGUGAGGAGUGAGAUGGAUGAAACUCGAAUAGUUAAUGAAAUCAAUGGAAAUGAGAUUGGUUCUGGGAUCACAGAAGGGAAUGAUCAAGCACAGCAUUAUCUGGAAAGCAAUGAAAAGUAUUAUCUAAUGGCUCACAGUGUGAAAGAGAUUGUCUAUGAGCAGCCAUGCUCAUUGGAAGGUGGAAAACUAAGAGAAUAUCAGAUGAAUGGGUUGAGAUGGCUGGUAUCUUUAUACAAUAAUCAUCUCAAUGGUAUAUUGGCAGAUGAAAUGGGUCUUGGAAAAACAGUUCAGGUAAUUGCAUUAAUAUGCUAUCUAAUGGAGACAAAGAAUGACAGAGGACCUUUUUUGGUCGUAGUGCCAUCCUCUGUAUUGUCUGGUUGGGUUACUGAAAUCAGCUUCUGGGCGCCCAGCAUUUCUAAAAUUGCAUAUAUGGGCUCUCCAGAUGAGCGCCGCCGAUUAUUCAGGGAAAAGAUCUCUCACCAGAAAUUCAACGUGCUCUUGACAACAUAUGAGUACCUGAUGAAUAAGCAUGAUAGGCCAAAAUUGAGUAAAAUUUUGUGGCAUUAUAUCAUUAUUGAUGAAGGACAUCGUAUAAAAAACGCAUCAUGCAAAUUGAAUGCUGAGCUAAAGCAUUACCAAAGCACUCACCGGUUGUUGCUGACUGGAACCCCACUCCAGAAUAAUCUUGAGGAACUCUGGGCUCUUCUGAAUUUCUUGCUCCCCAAUAUUUUCAACUCAUCAGAAGAUUUUUCACAGUGGUUCAGUAAACCUUUUGAAAAUGUGGCAGAAAAUUCUCCAGAUCAGCAGGCACUGUUGACUGAGGAAGAGAAUCUUUUAAUUAUAAAUCGUCUUCAUCAAGUAUUGCGUCCAUUUAUGCUUCGGAGGCUAAAGCACAAGGUUGAGAAUGAGUUGCCGGAGAAGAUUGAGCAUUUGAUAAGAUGUGAGGCAUCUGCAUAUCAGAAGCUUCUCAUGAAAAGAGUUGAAGAUAAUCUUGGAUCUCUUUGUCAUGCCAAGGGUAGAUCAGUACAUAACACAGUAAUGGAGCUUCGAAAUAUUUGCAACCAUCCAUAUCUCAGCCAGUUGCAUGCAGAUGAGGUUCAGAGUAUGCUGCCUCCACAUUAUCUGCCAACAAUAGUCAGACUUUGUGCAAAGCUUGAGAUGCUUGAUCGUAUACUACCUAAGCUUAAAGCAACUAACCAUCGGGUAUUACUUUUUUCUACAAUGACUCGGUUAUUGGAUGUAAUGGAAGAGUACUUGGCAUGGAAAGGUUAUCACUAUCUUCGCCUGGAUGGACAUACUAGUGGAAAUGAUCGAGGAGCUCUUAUUGAGCAGUUCAAUAGACCCGAUUCUGAAGCCUUUUUAUUCUUACUCAGUAUCCGGGCUGGAGGUGUUGGAAUCAAUCUGCAAGCUGCUGAUACAGUUAUUAUAUUCGACACGGACUGGAAUCCACAGGUUGAUCUGCAGGCACAAGCAAGGGCUCAUAGGAUUGGUCAGAAGCGUGAUGUACUAGUAUUGCGUUUGGAAACGGUUCACACUGUAGAGGAACAAGUUAGGGCUUCAGCAGAGCAUAAACUUGGAGUAGCUAAUCAGAGCAUUACUGCUGGAUUCUUUGACAAUAAUACAAGUCCGGAAGACCGGAGAGUGUACUUGGAAGAACUUUUGAGAGGUUCUAAAAAAGAAGAAGAUACCCAUGUGCUGGAUGAUGAAGCACUAAAUUAUCUUUUAGCUCGCAGUGAGUCUGAAAUUGAUGUCUUCGAGGCUGUUGAUAAGACGAGACAUCAAGCUGAACAAGAAGAGUGGUUGAAGUGCAUACAAGGAAAUGGUGUUGAUCAAGGAACGCCCAUGCCUCCUAGGUUGGUUGGGGAAGAAGAGUUGAAGCCUUUUGUUAUGUUAAUGCAGGCAUAUGACAAUGCACAUAAUGGUGGAAGAAAGAGGUCUUCAUCUGCCCUGGAUACUCAACAUUAUGGAAGGGGUAAACGAGCUAGAGAGGUACGCUCGUAUGGCGAUCAAUUAACAGAGGAAGAGUUUGAAAGGCUUUGUCAAGCUGGAGCUCCAGACUCUCCCAAAAACAAUGAUUUGGGGAAAGAUCGUAAAACCAAAAGUGCAGUUAAAUCAGGGCCAACAAUAGUUGUGAAUGAAGCGGUGCCAGUAAAGCGAGGACGAGGUAGACCAAGGAGGGUACCAAUUCCACCUCUUUUACCAAAAGCUUCUGGUAUAUGCAAUACAGAGGGCAGUUCUUUAGGUAUACCAGUGUUAGCUUCUAUUAAUGAAGUCAAUAACCAGUCCAAGAAUUCUUCAGAUACACUAGUUUCAGCUUCUAUUAAUGAAGUCAAUAAUGAGUCCAAGAAUUCUUCAGGUACACCAGUGUCACCUUCUGUCAAUGAAGUCGAUAACCAGGCCAAGAAUUCUUCAGGUACACCAGUGUCAGCUUCUGUUGAUGAAGUCAAUAACGAGUCCAAGAAUUCUUCAGGUACACCAGUGCCAGCUUCUGUUAAUGAAGUCAAUAACGAGACCAAGGAUUCUGCAGGUACACCAGUGUCAGUUACUGUUAGUGAAGUCAAUAGCGAGUCCAAGAAUUCUUCAGGUACACUGGUGUCAGUUUCUGCUAGUGAAGUUGAUAACCAGUCCAAGAAUUCUUUAGGUACACCAGUGUCGGCCUCUGUUAAUGAAAUUAAUAAUCAGCCCAAGAAUUCUUCAGGUGCACCAGUGUCAGAUUCUGUUUUUGAAGUCAAUAAUCAGUCCAAGAAUUCUUCAGGUAUGCCAGUGUCAGCUUCUGUUAAUGAAGUCAAUAAUCAGUCCAAGAAUUCUGAAGUUAUACCAGUGUCAACUUCUGUCAAUGAAGUCAAUAAUCAGUCAAAGAGUUCUUCAGAUAAACCACUGUCAGUAUCUGUUACGGAAAAUGAUGAUAUUCCUACCAUGCCCUCUCAGUCAAAGGCUCAAGGGAUCAACAAUAUUGAAACUGAAGUCAGCUUUGAAACAAAUGUUGAAAAUGCAGCCAUGUUGGCUGAAAAGACUGAAAUUGGCAAUGGAGCUAGGAAAGCUGAUAACCAUGAAAAUAGUGUUAUCGAGAAGGAAAUAGAAAAUUCUAGUUUUGGAGAUUCAGAUGGAAACGAAAAUUUGUUGAUGUGUGAUGUGGCCACAGAGCAUGCACUAGACAAGCAGGAUAAACAAAGAGAAAGUAUCGAGAUUGACAGGAACCAUCAUCAGCAAAGGGAGGAGGGAUCGAUCUUGCUAGCUCCAAAUGAUAUGCAAGAAAUAGGUGGUGCUCAAAGAAAUUCAGAUACAUCUGCUUUGGAUGUUGCAAGGACAGAUCCUGUUUCUGAAAAAGGAAAAGAAGUUGCAGAAUCUCAAGAGGAUACUGCUGGUCGCAUUUUUGAUAAAACAGAAAGUGCAUGUGCAGAAUCAAAUCGUCCAGAAAAUACAGUCUCUUUGCAUGCUGAGAUUGAAACUUGUGCUAGACAGCAAGUAGAAGAACCAGUCACGGAUUUGACACCUGUUGCCAUGGACAUAGAAGUAUCCACUAUAACUGAUGCAAAUAAUGAUUGAUUCAUGUCAUGAAAAGGAUUGAAAAGGAAUCAAAAUCAUUACAUAGCUUAUCGUAUGUCAAUUAAAAGAACACAUCUCCAUCAGAAUUUCAAGAUUUGUUGGGUUAUAUGGAUAAUGACAAGCAAACGCUAACAACUAUUGUUGAGAAAAACAAUGAGAGAAAGCUUGCGGAAAGUAUUUACUGAUGUCAGCUUCUUCACAUAUGAUGUAAAAGAGGAAGCUGAAUCUCAGAAAAAUGUUCUUGCUUGGAUUGACACUUGCAUUCUAUUAUGCACUGUUGUGGCUACAUAUAUCCGGUUGCAGUUAUGCAAGAGCGCCACUCAAAAUUAGACUUUCUAAGAGACAAAACUUCUCAUCACAAAUUUUAUGUAACUUACUUGGUCAUAUUUCUUUGAUCAGGUAAGAAUAAAGACAUUUAAUAGGAUGGAUGAGCAAGUUAUUUGUUGUGUACAGUGGCUUUCUUCAAGAUCUCAUAGGAUUUAGGUUUGGCGCUCAAUGAAAUUUGAAUUUUGUUUGUUGACCUUAUGAUUUUUCCGUUGUGGGAAUUCAAAUUUAUAUAUAAGAUUCCAAUGAGACCGGUAGAUUUUACUGGCCCAAGUACUGGCCAUAGAUCCAUCCUUUCUGGAAGGACGGACACAAUGUUUCUUUAAGAAUCAUUAUCUAAUAGAUAAAUGAGAAAUCUUGAGGAAGUCA